UGGGCCGGGCCGGGGAACAUGGCGGCGGGCGCGCUCCUGGCCGCCGGGCUGGUGCUAGCGCUGGGCCCCGCCGCCUCCGAGGUGGGCCGCCCCGGCGAGCAGCGGAGCCGCGUGCGGGUCCUGAGCGCCGCCAACUGGAGCCUGGUGCUGCAGGGCCAGUGGAUGGUGCAAUUCUAUGCCCCUUGGUGUCCAGCCUGCCAACAGAUUGAAGCAGCAUGGGAGAAUUUUGCAAAAGAAAGUGAACAUCUAGAUACCACGGUAGGAAAAGUGGACGUCACUCAAGAACCAGGUUUGAGUGGCCGUUUUUUUGUUACCACACUUCCUACUAUUUACCAUGCGAAGGAUGGAGUGUUUCGCAGAUACCGUGGAUCAAGGACGUCAGAGGACCUUCAAGGCUAUGUCCUCGAGAGAAAAUGGGAAGCUGUAGAGCCUGUAGCUGGGUGGAAAUCUCCCUCUUCUCUAAUGAUGCAUGGAAUGGCAGGUCUUUUUCAUCUCUCUGGAUGUAUCAGGCAAAUUCACAGCUACUUCACAGGGACUCUUGGAAUUCAUGUCUGGGGUUCUUAUGCAAUCUUCAUUUUAGCCACCCUGUUGAUUGGCCUGAUCCUGGGUUUGAUAUUGGUUUUGAUUGCAGACUGCCUUUGCCCUUCCAAGGCUAGGUACAGAGAAGAAGCAUCCGAGUGGAUUGAAAAGGAGAAUGCAGAGCUUACAGCAGUAGAAGAGGUGGAAGAAGCUGAAGAGUUAUCAGCAAAUGAGUUAGAAGAGGCUGCAGAGGAAAAGGACAUUUCAGAUGGGGAAGAUGGAGCCAGAUCAAGUGAAGAGGCCAAUUCAAGUGAGGCUGGCUCAGAAGAGGACUCUGCCGUUGAUGAAGGUUCAGGGACAGAAGAGACAGAAGACAUCUGUGAACAACCUCCAACUGAUUCAGAGAACCAAAGCUCAGUAAGGCAACGUAAAAGCCAGGUGGCUGACAAUGGACUAUAGUUUUCUUGGUGUUUUCCAUAAACUCGGACCAAAGAAAUAUUUGGGGCCCUUCUGGUCUGCAGCUGAAGCCAAACACUUGAUUUGUAGUUUGUGUUUACGUAAAGCGAAACCUCUGCUCUGCAUCAGCUGGCUUCUUCUUUCCUUUUUCUAAGCCAAUGUUUGCUCAUAGACUUUCAUUUUUAUAAGCACGCCUUUAUAUAUUACGUUGGCCAUGACAAUCAAAAUCAUAAGUAUGAUUUGAUCUGCUUAGAGACUUAAGGGGUAGGGGGUCAUGACCAAUGGGAUGAAAGACUUGGUAAUGAGAUGCUUGUGCUCUUUUAUAGACACUGCUCUAAGCAAGAUGAGGCAAGAGAAUCUGAAUUCACAAACCUGCAUUAACAAGAAGUAGUUUAGCAGGACUCUUGACUUCCUUUUCUUUCUCUCUGAAUAUGUUCUUUAAAUGCCAUAAGAACAUCAGGCACAUCAUAAAACAGCAGACAGAGGCACCUUAAUUGUCUUCCAUUAAAACACCUUUGUGUUUAGUGGUUUUGCUUUCAUCAGCUCAACUGAAGCACCUUCAUUAUGUUGCUUUUUUUCUCGUUUUUUUUCUGCUGAAGUUAUUUUGGAACUAUACCAUAAUUUUAUAACAGUAACUAGUUUUAUUCUAUGCUUGAAGUGCACCCAAAGCUUCUCAACUGUUGGUUAUUCAUAGUGCACAAGUCAGGUUUUUAUCAGCUGGUGAUUUUAAUCAUUUAAGAUCAUCAAAAAACCUUGGGCUAUGGAACAUAGACAACUAGAUGCUUAAAAUGACAUGUUUGGAAGAGAAAUGAUUUAGUGAGAACAAGGAAUUUUUACCAAAGUGUAACCUUUUUUCUUUAAGAUGUUGCAGUGAGAAGUAUUUGUGUCUAAAACAGUAAAUGCCAUAUUUUUUACCAAUACAAGCUAGACAUAUACAGAGAACUGCAGUAUUUUUUUUUCUGUUUCCAGCCCACAGUAGUUGGCAGCGAGAAUUGCUUUAGUAGUAAUAACUGAAAAACCACUUAUGGUUUCACUUCCAGUGUACUGGCUUUAAUGAUGGAAGUAGUGGGAAAAACACAUCAGGAAAUGAAAGAAAUAGUUUUUGGUUACACUGCUGUCUUGUGUCUACAUUCAGAUGCAUCUUUCGAAUUGCAUAAAGUGGAAAUGGCUCACUAGCUAAUCUGCUGACAACACCCCAUGCUGUCGAGUUUAUUCAAGAGAUCAGCAUUUUAUUCAUUCUAGUUAGCAUGACUUAUAUUAAUUUUUUUUAAUAACCACAUCCCAUUAAGUGAAUGAAUAUCUGAAGGAUAAUCCUGUACAUUACCACUUUGGGAGCAUGCUGAUCCAGAUUGCAUAAUAAGAAGUAGAAGGGUUGUUUAAAUCUUUUGUAUUGCAUAUUUAAUUACCAUGUUGCAUAAACCUAGCCAUCUAGCAUCAGUCUCUUCAUUUCCUUUUGUGAGGAAAAAGGAGUGUUCUGUGAGGUUAAGAUGGUUGCCCCCUUGUGUGAGAAAAGGGAUAUUACCAGUGCACAAAGGUGAUUUCUUGGAGACAAUCAGUCUUGAUGGGUUCAGUUUACAUCUGUCUUGGGAAUUGUUUUACUGUUAAUGCGAAGAUUUUAUUUAGCAGAAAGCAAUCUAACUUACUGUGUCUCACUGUUUUUUUAAAUGUUUCCAAAUGUACAUCAUUUGCUAAUCUAGUAUAAAUCCUACAGUCAUAGGGCCUGAUUCUGGUCUGUUGUACAAGUGUAAAGAGGUGUAACUUCACUGAACUCUUGAGCAUAAAGGAAAUCAGAAUUGUGGCAGUACUUCCUUCUGCAUAUACUCAGAUAUUUAGACUAUUCAUACAGCCAUGAAGAUUACUCUUUUCUCCAGCCCUCUGGAUGCAGAGAAAAUUCUUAAAUAGAUAUGAUGGAAAUUAAAUUGUUGCAGUGCACUAAAAUGAGAGCAGAUGGCUUGGCUUGCCUGGGACACAGUCCCCUAAACUUUCAGAAGUGGUGCUAAGGACUUCAGCUAUGUAGCUGAGCCCCAUUGUCUUUAAAGCGAUACAGUCAGUGUAGAUUAAUUUUUGCCUACAUAUGUUGCAAGAUUACUGUAAAUGGAAGAGAUUGGGGGGUAGAGAAACCAUGGUCGUGCAUUUAGCAAAGCUGUGUAUACUCCAUUUCACAAUUUUCUCUAUGUAGUCAGUUUUCCUUGUUUGUGUCAGUAAAUCAUACAGCGAGAGGGGAAAAUAUUUUAAGAAUAGGAAAAUGAAAUAUUAAAAUCACGAAAACUGUCUAGGACAAGCAGACCAAGGAUCAUAUCUGCAGUGACCUGACUAAGAUUCAAGUUGAUAUCUUCAAUGAGUCAUGGAUUUAAAACUCUGCUUGACCUGAAAAUAUAGGGGAUUGUGUACAUCAUGAAUUAAUUGAAAACACUGACUUGUGUAAAAAGAAAAGGGUGUUUCCUACAGAGUAGAGUCUUGCGUUGCUCCAAAAAGAUUUGGAGGGAGAGAAAUGUCCAUAUUAAAAAUGUCAAAAAGUGAUGGCAAAGAUUUU